AUGACAAAAUAUCUCUAUUGGACUGGUUAUGUGGAAGUAUGUUUUAAUCUACAGGAUACAACAAAGAAGGAUGGGAGCAAGGGCAAGAGACUUAAUCUUAGAGUUGAAGACCUUGAAGGUCAAAAGUGUCCGGUUACUUUGUGGGAUGCUUUUGCUAUUGACAUGUUUUCUUACAUGAAUGAUAAGAAACGAGUGAAACAUGUUAUCCUUUGUCAUUUUAUAGUCAAUCUUUACAAAGGCAAGCGUGGAUUUGCAAACGGGUUUGAGCUUAGCAGACUUUUUAUCGACACUUACAUUGAAGAGAUAUCCUCUUUUAGGAAGAGUGUUGAAGAUGAGUUCCUUAAUAACCCUGAUUUCAUGCUUAUUGGUUUCCUUGGAACCAUAUUAAAGACAAAGAAGGUUUUGGUUCUCGGCACAAUCACAGCCAUAUGCACUGAUAAGCUUUGGUAUUACAAUGGUUGUAACUACUAUAAGUCUAGUGUGGAGGAAAUAUUUGUAACGAAAGAGAAUGUGGAUGGUUCAUGUGAUGUUGAUCAUACAAAAGCUUUGGUGUGUACAAAUAAUAAAUGUGAAGGAGUCGACAUUUAUUCUAUUCCGCGCUUCAAGAUACCUAUCAGGGUGCAAGACUCUUCUGGUACUGUGUCUUUGACACUCUUUGAUUACGAAGCUUACAAGAUUUUUAAGAAAUCUGCCAAAGAGUUACUUGCAAUCGAAGAUCCGAUAAUAAAUACAUGCAUUCAGUUAUUUGUUAAUGUUGUUAAUUCUGGAGAGAUACCGAACCAAUAUCCUGAGAUUUUUGACACAUUGGUUGGAAAGAAGUAUGCGUUCAUCAUAAAUAUUAAAGACUAUAACAUUGAGCAUCAGGUUGAAAACUAUGGUAUUGCAAUGGCCACUAACAAUGAUGAGAUCCUUGUCGUGCUGUACGCCAAAUUCAAUCUUAACCAGCAUGAGCAGUCUAAAUCGUUUGGUGUUCUGGAUUCCUAUAGUUUGUCUACUCCUUUUGACCUUAUUAAGGAUGAGAUGUCAUGCAGCGGUGACAAUGUUACACCUAUAUCCAAAGCACUCGUAGGCAAUAAGAAUCCCUCUUCUGACGAAACAAAACGUAAUCUUCGUGAAGUGUGCGAAGUAGAUGAUGCAUUAGGUUGUUCCUCGACAAAGCGCCGCAUGAGUGAUGAACUGGUACAGGAUGAAGAUGUUGGUGUUUCGAAGCUGUUGAUUCCCAAGAUUGAGAAAUAG